UUACUGUGGGUUCAGAUCCAACCAGUCUUCAGUAGCGUAUAUCUGAACAUCCGUCGGGUUCAAAAAUGACAAAAUAUUUCAAACUUGACUGGAAAAUCCCGGUCCCACAGGAACUUCAAGAUGGGUCCAUUUGCGACAGAUGGACAGAGGAGAAGGAGACCGUGGAAUUUGAGGCUGAAUGCAAAGUUGCGGUCGACGAUUGUGGAUUUUUCGUGGCAUGGAAAAGCGAAACAAAAGAAGGAGAUGUCUUGGAGUUAUCCCAAGUGAAUGACAUUCGACCCGGAAUAUUGCCCAAUGACGCUCGAUUAGCUCAGACUUUGAUCAAGAAGUAUGGUGAUGAUGUCAAGGACAAAUCUUUUGCCGUUUGUAGUGGUCUCGACAUGGUCAACGUGAGCCAUUGUCAUUUUGUCUGCAAGGACAAGGCCACGGCCGAUGUUUGGAAAGUUGGACUCCGAAAAAUUACAAACAAUGUAAAGAUGAAUAACGCAUGUCCCAAAGUGAACCUGGAAAAGCAUUGGAGGAGAAUCACUUUGACCAAGACGGUGGAUAAUAAAGUAUCCGUGCGGUGCAUUGCCAAGACCUUUGCCUCUGGCAAAACCGAAAAGCUGGUCUACCAAACCUUGGCCGAAGUGGGCUUACCCUCGGAAAAGAACGACUCCAUUGAAGUGGAUUUGUUCACGUUCGACAAGUUCUACACCAUCUACAAGACCAUCUGCCCUCGAUCAGAUAUCGACGAGCUCUUCAGUUCAAUAACAAAAUUGGAUGCUAUACCCAUCCUUAAAAUGAUUGAAUUCAUGAACGAACGGCAACGAGAUCCUCGAUUGAACGAGAUGCUCUUUCCCUCUUACACGGAAAAAAGGUGCAUGGAGAUCAUCAACCUUUACGAAAAAGACGAGGAAAACAAGAAGAAAAAGCAAAUCGGCAAGGAAGCCCUGACGGAAUACAUGCUAUCGGACGAGAAUGCGCCCGUGAUCUUGGACCGAUUGGACAUCUAUCAGGACAUGGAUCAACCCUUGCCGCACUACUACGUCAACUCCAGUCACAACACCUACCUGAUUGGCAAGCAAUUCGGUGGCAAGUCCAGCGUGGAAAUCUACCGACAAGUGUUACUGGGGGGCUGUCGUUGCGUGGAACUGGAUUGUUGGGACGGCAAAGGCGCUGACGAGGGCGAGGUCAUCAUCACCCACGGCAAGGCCAUGUGCACCAACGUCUACUUCAAGGAUUGUAUUGAAGCCAUCCGAGACACGGCCUUCGUGGCCUCGGAUUAUCCGGUGAUCCUCUCGUUUGAGAACCAUUGCAACCGGAACAACCAAUUGAAGAUGGCAAAAUAUUGCAUUGAGAUCUUUGGUGAUCUCUUACUUCGUGAGCCUCUACCUGGUUAUCCUCUCGAUAAGGGCAAGCAAGUGCCUCCGCCCUCGAAAUUAAAGCGAAAGAUCCUGAUCAAGAAUAAACGUCUAAAGCCCGAGUUAGAAAAGGAAGAAUUGGAGUUGUACAACUCAAAUNCCAAGGGAGCACGAGUGGAUUCAUCCAAUUUCAUGCCUCAGAUCUUUUGGAACGCCGGUUGUCAAUUGGUGUCCUUGAAUUUCCAAACGCCCGAUUUGCCCAUGCAAUUGAACCAAGGCAAAUUUGAAUACAACGGCAACUGCGGCUAUCUCCUUAAACCCGAGUUCAUGCGGAUGCAAGACAAGACCUUUGAUCCAUUCGCCGAAACUCCCGUGGAUGGUGUGAUUGCCGCCCAAUGCAGUGUCACGGUGAUUUCGGGACAAUUCUUGUCCCAAAAGCGAGAAGGCACCUACGUGGAAGUGGACAUGUACGGCUUACCCACGGAUACCAUCAAAAAGGAGUUCAGAACGAAAGUGAUUCCGGCCAACGGUCUCAACCCCAUCUACAACGAAGAUCCCUUCCAAUUCAGAAAGGUAGUGCUUCCCGAAUUGGCCGUCUUGCGAUUCGGCGUGUACAACGAAGAAGGCAAAAUGCUGGGUCAAAGAAUUCUACCUUUUAACGACCUGCAAGCGGGAUUCCGGCAUAUCGCUUUAAAAACCGAAGGCAACUUCCCCAUGUCCUUGCCUAUGCUCUUCUGCAAUAUUGAAUUGAAAAUCUAUGUCCCUGAUGGGCUUGGAGAUUUCAUGGACGCCUUGUGCGAUCCCCGAGCUUUUCUCUCCGCCCAGGAGAAACGAGCGGAACAACUUAAGGCUUUGGGCAUUGAGGAGACCGAUAUUUCCGGAGACGUGAUUGAGAGCAAAGGCGGCAAGACCGGGGGGGAGAAGGGAGAAAAAGGAGGCAAGAAAGAGGAAAAGAAAGCUGAAGAGUUUUCAUUGGAUCCAAUUACAUGUGACCUUCUCCGGAAUGAAAAGGCUUUUCAGAAAAGUGCCAAGAAGUAUAUCAAAGAGCACGAAACUCUCCAAAAGAAACACAAGAAAGAACGCGAAAGUGUGGCUGGUGGUCAAUGCAAGGCUAUUGACAAAAUCAUGAAAUCGAAAAAAAACGUGGAUCCAUCUAAGGAUCCCGAUAUCAUCAAGGCUGUUCAAGAUCAAACCAAGCAAUGGACUGAGAUGAUGAACAAGCAACGGAAAGAAGAAUGGGAGAUGCUUAAAGCUCAUUUAGCUGCCCAGGAGGAGAUCUUCAAAAAAGUGUUUGAGACCGUUCAAGCCAAGCAAAUGAAGGAUUUGGAGGCCUUCCUUGGCAGGGAGACCAAGGAAAUGAUGGCAUCCCAAGCCAAGGUCUCGGUGGACACUGCCAGGGAAGUCCAGGGCGAUGCCACUUUAAAGACCAAAGCAGACAAGGAUCGCCGUUUGAGAGAAAAGAACCAGGCCAAUACCAAGAGGUUCAUGGACGAGCGGAAGAACCACAUGAUGAAGCAAAACAAGAAAAAGGAGAAGCAAAACAAGCUUCAUGAAACACAGUUAGGGGAUAUAUCCAAGUACAUUAAAGAAUCGAUUGAGAUGUACACAGCCGAGGAGCAGGAACGAAAGAUGGCCAACAAGAGAGAAUGUUACGUGUAGGCUGGAUUUAAUCGAUUCAAUAUAUAAUAUCAAAUAUACUCUACUUCAUAACAAC